AAGCUAAAAACUAUUUAUCAAACACCCCCUUAACAAACAAAACGAGAGUAGGAUUUCAAUGCUUCUCUGAAUAUUUUUUGAAUCAAAUCACUCAAAGGACAUGGAGAAAUCUGAGCAAAAACGUCAAGAUGAGGUCGAUUUCAUCAGUAACAUGCCGGAUUCUAUUCUUCUUUUGAUUCUUUCCCGUCUUUCAUUCACAGAAGAAGUGAUUCGGACCAGCAUUUUGUCCAGACGAUGGAAGUAUUUGUGGACUUCAAUUCCCUCCAUAGACUUAUUUUCCCGAUUUCACCGAGAAGACAAGUUCAAAAAAGAGGAAUUCAAAGACUUUGUGUUUUGGGUUUUAGCAAACAGAUCCGUCGAUUUGGAUUGUUUUCAUUUACGUUGUUUUAAUCACUACUCUCUGUCGACAGUGAGGCGGUGGAUUCACUUAGCCGUUACAAGAAACGUCAAACAACUUCACUUGUUGUUUCACCCAGAGGAUGAGGAUGGGGAUGUCGAUAUGCCUCAUUGUCUUGUGACUUGCGGUUCCUUGGAGGUAUUUGGGUUAAUUUUGUGCUAUCGUAGUCUAAGGUUGCCUAAUAUUACGGGGUUUCAGGCACUUAGGCAUCUUCGUUUGACCUAUGUUGACUUAUCGAUAGAUAGCGAUUUGGUGAAAGGUUUUCUGGAAAGCUGUCCUUUGCUUGAGAGCUUGAUUUUUAUAUCCUGUUUCUUGAACGAACACGAUCUUCUUUAUAUUUCAUGUCCGAAGCUAAAAAUACUGAGAAUUGAAAACGAAAAUGAUGAGUUGAUGUGUGACAGCAUUAAGAUUUGUUGCCCAAAACUGGUGGAUUUGGAGUUAAGAGGUCUUGUAGCAAAUAAUUUUUUCUUUGAAUGUCUAGACUCGUUGAAUAAAGCUGAGAUUGAGCCUAAAUUGAUGGGUAACAUCAAAUCUUUAUUGUUUCCUGGAAUUUCUCAUGUGGAACAUUUGUGGAUCAACCUUUACUUCUUUAGUCAGUGCGUUUAUGCUGCACGUGAUCCGGCUCUACCUAAUCUGAAGACUCUGGCACUAACCACAGCAGUUGAUGCGUUCACCAUGGAUGAACUCAUUCGAAUUCUCAAAUAUUAUCCCAAAGUAGAGUCUCUCCAGUUGAUUGUUAAAGAGAAGUUUGAUGGGCCGGAAGAGUGGGAAUUGCAUGAAGGUGAAGCAAGGAGACUCAUGACUCCAGAUUUAAAGUACGUUGCUAUUACUGAUAAAGAGUGUAUUCUUAUGGAAAAGGGGGAAUUGGUGAAAUAA